AUGUCUCCAAAUUUAACUUGUGAAGCUCUCCAGUCUUUUUCUCCAAGGCUAACUGUGGCCAAAAGAAAACAGGCUCUUGAGCUCAGAAAGACAAUGAAACCAUUGAUGGAAAAAAGAAGGCGCGCCCGUAUCAACGACAGCCUGAACCACUUGAAAAACCUCAUCCUCCCGCUUACAGGCAGAGAUAAGACUCGCUACUCCAAGCUUGAGAAAGCCGACAUCCUGGAAAUGACCGUGAGGUUCCUCAGCGACAUUCCCCCUGUUAAUUCCAAAGAUUCCGCACACAUUUACAGAGAAGGCUACAAAGCCUGCCUCCAGCGCGUCUCCUCUCUGCUUCCCAAAACGAGCCUGGAUCAAGACGCGUGCCAGCGGGUGAACGACUUCGUGCAGCAGUCCAUGUCCGCCACCAUCACCCCAACCUGCCUGAACUGCUGCGCCCAGAGCUCCAGGACUUUCCCUCAGAUUCAGCAGAGACUCCUGAGCCUGAAAUCCAGCUUCGGCUCCAGACCGGAGAGCCAGUCCCGCAGCAGCAGCAGCAGCAGCAGCAGCAGCGCAGUGGCUCCCAUCCGAGCACAGCCAGGCCCACAGGCCGUCAGCGCUGCCAUGUGGAGACCUUGGUAG